UGAACUUAAAUUCCCAGGGGCUCAUAACUUCAGUCAUUGAUAAUUUAGCUAGGUUCUUGGGUUUCCUUUUUUGUCCCUUUGCAGACCUGCUUCUGAAUCAGGUGUCUGUCAAUCUAACUCCCUGUGACUAACCAGGACAGAUUACCGAAGCCAGCCGAUGGCUGCAUUAUUUAUUAUGCCUGGAACAGGAGGGCUGUAAGGACAUCAGCACCAAUACAGAGAGUCCCUUCAGUCUGAAAGGAGCAUCUGCGCCUUUCAAACAAUGGAAAUUAGAUUAAUGAAGGGAAUAUACUAAUUCCAAAUAUGGCAAAGUAACACUGGGUUCUAUCACAGCACAUUUGUUCCUCUUUUAUAUGCAGGUCAGGGAUUAAGAAUCAUGUUGCAUGAAGCAAGGGACAGACAGAAGUUCCUCAGUGAUGCUCAACAUCUGCGGGACAUGCAGCAUAAGGUGGAGUCUGAAUAUCAGGCUUGUCUGAGACGACAGGAAUACAGAAGAGAUUCAAAUGAGAAGAAACGAGAUCAGUUCGGGGGGCAAGAGGCAAAUGCGGACAGAUCCCGGUUUUCAAGCAGGUCAUCUUCCAGACAGAGUUCUGGUGAGGGGGAUCCUCUAGCCGAACCAAGAUUAUCUAUCAAGAAUUCUGCGGUGCAGUGUGAUUCUAUACUUCCAGCGAUUGACCGAACAGCCGUCAAGCAGAAACAUAAAAGUACCAUGACUCCAAAGAAACCAGAGAAAGUGGGCCCCAGCAAACCCUCCCCAGCCCCGCCGCCGCAGAUUUUAUCACGGAAGAGGAGGCCAGGCCUGGGUAGAAUGACCAUCAGCCCCGACAUGCAGGGCCCAAGAGCGGCUGGGGACAGAAGCAGACAGAAGUCACAGCUGCCAGUGAAGUCGCCAGCCUUCCGGGGGCCAGAUCCAGUUCAGCGGGAAGGCCCAACAUGGGCAAGUGACACUAAGCUGAAGAGGCCAACUCUAGAGAGGAGAAACUUAGCCCCAGCCUCACAGCCAAUGACGAUGACUGAGACUACCCCUGAGAGAGCCAGAAAAGGGGACCCGCGUGCUCCUUCCCAGAAUGAGCCACAUCCAGCCCUAUCCCCAGUCUUCCCAGCAACGAACAGUCCUCGAGGGCUGAGCGAGUCCUUGGGGCCCCCACUCUUCACCACCACCAUGGGAGGGUCCAGAAGGGUCCCAUUUAGGUUCAGAGAUGAAGAUUUUUAUUCUGUGUUAUCAUUAAGCCAUGAAGGAGAAAAUGAUGACACUGAAGAGGAAACCCACAUAGAGGAAGAACUCCUGUUGGUUGGCAUGCACCCACUCCAUUCUUCUUCCAAUCACAAGAGGAGUCCAUUUCUUGGAACAUCUGCCACUCAGGCCAAAAAUAAAAAUUUGAAAGAAAAUCCUGAAAAUUGCAGGGCUAAUUCUGUAAGGAGGAGUGAGUCCAGUUAUGGUUCACCAAGAAAAAGCAAUGUAACGGAGCCAGUGAGAGAGGAGCUUUCUGUCAGGCAAAGGAUGUUCCAAGACCCCAGGCUGCCUGAUGGGGGGUCUGCUAAAGAGAAUGACAGUGGUGACAGUGAAAAUGAGAAAAAGACCUUUCGUUCACGGGACACCAAACUCGAACCUAAUCUAGAUGAUGAUCUCGGUGCUGAAAAUGUACUUAGUGACUGUACUUCCAUGGAAGAUAGGCCUGGUGCCCAUGAUUUUGAAAGAGAAUGGCGAAGCUAUUUAAACAAUUCUAGUACUUCUCUUGAUUGUUUUAUUUCUGGUAGACCAACAGCUCCAAGAUCAUCAAUGAAUUCAUCUUGUAACACUCCUGGAUCAUUAAUGCCUUCUGCCCCUAGAGAAGACAUCCCAGUAGACUUGCCAAUGGCAUCUACUUCAGUUCACAGUUCAGACUCAGAGGGAAACGCAAGGUUUAAUGUUCAUCAACCACUGUCCCCAAUUAGAAAUAGGAAUCCAUUCGCCAGUGCCGAAAACCACAGUUACUUUCCAGUAAACAGUGCACAUGAAUUUGAUGUCAGGGGAGCAGAAGCUAUUACCUUAACAAGCCAACCUCAGGGGCCUCCACUGUAUACAGAAGAUCUCUUACUAAACCCUCAAAGCAGCUUGGUGGUGGUGGAGCCUUCCAGCUCCUCUCCGUCAAGAAUGAACUCACAAGGCCACUUGCGUGUGCCUGGGUCCCUGCAAGAAAAUAUACCAUUUACUUUCUUUGCAGUGUCUGAUUUCCCAAAUCAAAGUGGUCGUGGGAACAGAAGGGCAGUCUCUGGUUCCACAGAUGAAGCAGCGGCCACUAAAAUAAAAGCAGACCCCGAGAAACUCAAGAAAUUGCAAGAAAGUAUCCUGGAGGAGGACUCCGAGGAGGAGGGAGACUUGUGUCGCAUCUGUCAGAUAGCUGGGGGCUCCCCCACCAACCCCCUCCUGGAGCCCUGCGGCUGCGUGGGAAGCCUGCAAUUUGUUCAUCAGGAGUGCCUGAAAAAGUGGCUGAAAGUGAAAAUAACAUCAGGAGCAAAUCUAGGAGCUGUGAAGACCUGUGAGAUGUGUAAGCAAGGCCUGCUGGUCGACCUGGAUGAUUUUAACGUGACCGACUUCUACAGGAAGCACCAGCAGUCCCGGGUGCAAAAUGAGCUGAUGAAUUCAGGCUUGUACCUGGUGCUGCUGCUUCACCUCUAUGAGCAGAGGUUUGCAGAACUCAUGAGACUCAACUACAGCCGGGUCUCAAGAGACAGGUUGUCAAGAAAUUUCCCACAACCCAGACCGGAAGAAAAUGAAAAUUCUGAGUUGGGAGAUGGAAAUGAAAACACUUAUGAAAGCAACAGCCGGGUCAUCUAGCAAGGAGCUGGCCAUGGAGCUCGGCAGAGACCUCUCCCCCAGCCACCCUUUCUAUGUCCUCAGAU